AUGGAGAGACCUACCAUGUGGAAAAGCAACCGGAACAUGACGGAUACAGAUGGGGGAAAGGAACACGGGGGUGGGGGUGUGGGUGGGGACGGGGCGGUUGUCAAAAUACUGCAAGAAGAAGAAGAAGAAGAAAAAGAAGAAGAAAAAGAUGAUGAUGAGGAGGAGGAGGAGGAGGAAAAACGGCAAGAAGAAGAAGAGGAAAAACGGCAAGAAGAGGACAAGGAAAUACGGCAAGAAGAAGAAGGAGCAGGAGCAGGAAAACAACAACAAAGAGAAGGAAAAUUGCAAGAAGAAGAUGAGGAAAAACGACAAGAUGAUGAGGAGGAAAAACGGCAAGAAGAAGAAGAAGAAGAAGAAGAAGGAGGAGGAGGAGGAGGAGGAGGAGGAGGAGGAGAACAACAACAAGGAGAAGGAAAAUUGCGAGAAGAUGAGGAAAAACGACAAGAUGAUGAGGAGGAAAAACGGCAAGAAGAAGAAGGAGGAGGAGGAGGAAGCGAACAUCAACAACAUCAAGAAGGAAAACUGCAAGAAGAAGAGGAAAAACGACAAGAAGAUGAGGAGGUAAAACGGCAAGAAGAUGAGGAGAAGAAGAAGAAAACUGCAAAACGAACAAGCAAAAAUACAGGAAGAAAAAGAAGUAGAGGAAGAUGA